GCGUGUGGGUGGUGUGGCUAAGGAGACCGUCUCUCCUCCCUCAAAUACACUCGCUUCCCCUCCCGCCAAUUGCUGGGCGCCAUCAGGCGGGCCCUUUCCUCCCAGCCUAAACCAUCCGUUUACAAUCGUCCUCCAAUCACAGCGGCUCGUCCUCCAGGACUACUUUGCAAUUGCUGAGAGCGCAGGGAGAAAGGCUUGAGAAGACACUCUAGUCUCGGGAAGUGUAGUUCAGCACUUGAAGAAAGCACUUUAGAGAUUGCGCCAGAACUAGAGCAUCGUAGACUACAGUUCCCAGAAGGCACCGGGUCGAGAGCGGAGACUUUUCUCGCUGACACCGCUCGCCUUCCCGGAGUUGGUUCCGCGGUAGAGGUGACCUGACUCUCUGCGGCUCGUUUGCAGGUGCUCCAAUUGUCUGCGCAGUUAUCAAUCAUGUCUGAACCAAUCAAAGUUCUUGUGACUGGAGCAGCUGGUCAAAUUGCAUAUUCGCUGCUGUACAGUAUUGGAAAUGGAUCUGUCUUUGGGAAAGACCAGCCUGUAAUUCUCGUGCUGUUGGAUAUUACCCCCAUGAUGGGUGUCCUGGAUGGUGUCCUAAUGGAACUGCAAGACUGUGCCCUUCCCCUCCUGAAGGAUGUCAUUGCAACAGAUAAAGAAGAGAUUGCCUUCAAAGACCUGGAUGUGGCCAUUCUUGUGGGCUCCAUGCCAAGAAGAGAAGGCAUGGAGAGGAAAGAUUUACUGAAAGCAAAUGUGAAAAUCUUCCAAUCCCAGGGGGCAGCCUUGGAGAAAUAUGCCAAGAAGUCAGUUAAGGUGAUUGUUGUGGGUAACCCGGCCAAUACCAACUGCCUGACUGCCUCCAAGUCAGCUCCGUCCAUCCCCAAGGAGAACUUCAGUUGCUUGACUCGUUUGGAUCACAACCGAGCUAAAUCUCAAAUUGCUCUUAAACUUGGUGUGACUGCUGAUGAUGUAAAGAAUGUCAUUAUCUGGGGAAAUCAUUCCUCAACUCAGUACCCAGAUGUCAACCAUGCCAAGGUGAAAUUGCAAGGAAAGGAAGUUGGUGUUUAUGAAGCUCUAAAAGAUGACAGCUGGCUCAAGGGAGAAUUCAUCACGACUGUGCAGCAGCGGGGGGCUGCUGUCAUCAAGGCUCGAAAACUAUCCAGUGCAAUGUCUGCUGCGAAAGCCAUCUCUGACCACGUCAGAGACAUCUGGUUUGGGACCCCAGAGGGAGAGUUUGUAUCCAUGGGCGUUAUCUCUGAUGGCAACUCCUAUGGUAUUCCUGAUGAUCUCCUCUACUCAUUCCCUGUUGUAAUCAAGAAUAAGACCUGGAAGUUUGUUGAAGGUCUCCCGAUUAAUGAUUUCUCACGUGAAAAGAUGGAUCUUACUGCCAAGGAACUGGCAGAAGAAAAAGAAACUGCUUUUGAGUUUCUUUCCACUGCCUGACUAGACAAUCAUUUUGAUGUUACCAAAUGCCCCAAAGCUAAAGGAUCUAAAUGUCGUCUUUGACUCUAGUACCAAAUAAUAAUAAAGCUAUACUUAAAUUACUUGUGGAAAACAAUGUAUUUUAAAGAUUGUGUGCUUCUUAGUACAGAUUUGCAACAGUUCAUCAUCAUGGUGUUAGUGCUACAAUCUAAAUAAAUAUAUAAUCAAAUGAAA